AUGGUCGAAAUAUUGGCUGCAUUAGUGUGUCAGUUGCAAUUUUUUAGGCCAUCGGUGUAUCGCGUUGUCAAUGAUUGUUUCUUCCAACUUUGCCGUUUAGACGACAUUUUGGUUUUCGAACAGUAUUUUGCGGCAUUUUCCGUGGUCAUAUUGUGCCUCUACGAAUUAGCCAUGUACUUUGUAUUGAUCAACAACUAUCGCCCUUAUAAAUACUUUUGGUUACACGUGCCGUUGUCGAAUUUCACUUGCAUUGUGCUGGAACAGUUGUUCUAUUUGAUGUGCAUUUCGCUGUACCUCCGCCUUGGGAAACUGCACAAGGAGAUCAAAAAUCUGGUACACAAAGCCAAGUACCCGCGAUGGAAAUGCUGGAUGACCUCGACCGCAGGUGGACCCACACGGCUUGGCAUACCCACGUUUAGCGCAUCCGACAUUCGAGAUCUACGGACGAUUCAUCGAUCCUGCAUGGAAAUGUUCAAACGCAUUAAUCACAUAUUUCAGUUUCCGGUUUUGCUAUGCUUGGUCGACAGUACUUUCCGGAUAGUCGUCUUCCUCUACGGUAUAGCUUUCGACGUGACUAUUGUGGUUUGGGGGAAAAAAGGUCAAAUUGAUUACGAAAACAUGGUGAUAUACGGAGGAUAUAUUUCCACUCGGGUAAUCAGAGUAAUCUACUUGCACGUCUGCGAAUACUACGUAACGAAAAAUAUACUACCUAUUAGUUUAUCUCUAAGUAAUCUGGCUUUGGUUUUGAAUCCUAUUACUCGACGAAGAAUAAUGCCUGAGAUAAUUAUUUUUCAAAAACAACUAAAAGCAAUAAAAUCGCAAUUCAACAUAUAUAGCUUAGUGAAUGUGAAUAUAGCGUUAUUAUAUGCCGAAUUCGGAACCGUUAUAGCUUAUACGGCAUUUAUGCUCCAAUUUUUUGCACUUGAAACAGUUCCUAUUCCAAGUAAUUCAACAAUUACAAACCUAAAUGAAUGA